CCGCGAGCUCACCCCCUUCCUCAGCUCAUCCGCCAACUCCCGGAGCGCGCGCCAUCCCUUCCGUUCCCAUAUCAUAUCAUAUCACAAGCCUAACACCACCCUCCCUCGCCCACUACAGCAGCAGCAGCAGCAGCAGCUCUGUCCGCCACCAUGUCCAUGGCAAUGGCAUCCCGAGCCGCCGCCGCCGCCCUCCGCGCGGCCGCGGCGCAGCGCUACGGGCGCCCCUCGUCGUCCGUCCUCCAGUCCCGCUCGGCCGCGACGGCGGCCGCCGCCGCCGCGGAGCACCCGGAGGCGGCGGCCCGGAAGGCCGGCACCGGCGGCGGCGGCGGGCUCCCCCGCGGCGACUACGUGCCGGUGUACGUGGCGCUGGGCCUGAUCGCGCUGUCGGCGGCGCUGGGGCUGCACACGGCGCGGCAGCAGCUGGCGCACGCGCCCAACGUGUACGUCGACAAGAAGAAGCGCGAGGCGGUGCCCGAGGUGGCGGCGCCGGAGGUGGCGCUGGACGAGGCCGAGCGCUUCGUGGGGCGGUCGCUCUUCCGCAAGGUCGCGCACGUGCAGGACGACCGCAGCCUCGCCGGCGGCGUCGCCGCCGAGUACCCGACGAAGAAGGCGGUGACGCUCAAGGACGUGGGCGUGGAGACGCCGGGGAUCGAGCAGAGCAGGGAGGGCAUCGUCGACAGGAUCUUCAAGAAGAACCACGCUUAGAUUUGAGCAGCGACGGGGCGGGGCUUGAUUGUACUUGGUUGCUUGUUGAUGUUCAGCUUGGAUCCAUGGGGUUUGCUGCUGUCGUUCAGUGUCUACAUACUGUAGUUUUGGGGGAAAAUCGGCUGCACUUUUUGAAGGUCGAUCGAUGUGUCACUCACAUGAUGUACAUAGUCGGAGAACACUCUGCUUUGUCAAAUGGAAUAAGAUAAAAGGAAAAAGUCUUGAAUUA